AUGUCUGCGUACAAUCUUCAGGGGAAAUACGCCAUCGUCACUGGUGGUGGAUCAGGUAUCAACUAUGUGACGGUCACGCUUCUUCUCGAGGCCGGUUGCUCCGUGAUGAUCGCAGAUCUGCGCCUUCGACCCGAAGCUGAGGAACUCCUGUCCACCUACACGGGAGCAGAACCUGGGUCGAUCAAGGCACUCUUCCAUAAGACGGACAUUGGUAACUGGGCGAACAUCACGACGCUUUGGGACGCAACUCUGGAAGCAUUCGGCCGCAUUGACAUUGUCGUCAACGGCGCAGGCAUCUAUGAGCCUCCUUCGUCUACCUUUUGGAACCCGCCAGGUCGGUCGACCGUCGCGCAAGACGACGCGAAUUCCGAGAAGGGAGUUUACAAGACCUUCUCGGUCAAUGCCUUGGGUCCCAUCCGGUUAUCGCAAAUCGCGAUCGAGUACUGGAUCGAGAACAGACACAAGGGGAUCGAGGGAAACCUAUUCUUCGUAAUCAGCGUGGCGGCCUACAUAACCUCCCUUCACACGCCACUCUACGAAGCCAGCAAGGCGGCGAUUAUGGGGUUCGCCAGGAGCCUGGGGACACUGCGAAAGCUUUUUGGCAUCCGUGUUGCGGGCAUCUGCCCUGGCGGGGUGUAUACGCCGCUGCUCCAGCAGGACUACACCAGUGACCGGUUGACGGACCCGAGGAUGUAUCUGCAACCGGAACAGUGUGCCGAGGUUUGUUUGGACAUAUUGCAGAAGCCGCAAUAUGGUGAUGGAAACAUUGUUGAGGUCGUACUGGUGGGUACGGUGGAAGACUCUCGAGUGAAUGUCCGCGAGGUGCCAUUUGAGAGGGUUUAUCUCAAUGAGGGCAUGGAAGGCGUGCCGGACCUUUUCGCUGGUGCAGAAGAGGCGUUGAUCGAGGCGUUGAAGGUGAAGGGCAUGGGGGGGCCUGAGCCUUUGAUCAAGUGA